UUAAUCAUCUUUAAAUUAAGAAAAUUGAAUGAAAAAGAUUAGUGCGCAUUGUUACCAACUUAAGUUGAGUGCGCAUGACAUAUAAAGCUUUGAGGUUGAAGUUACAAGUUUUGAAAAUGUAAGCACAAACCGCACAAACAGUAAGUGAACGGCGAAGAGCUUAGAUGGUUAAUUUCACGCUUGAUAAAUGCGUUUUAAUUUAGAAACGUUCUAUUUAAAUUGUUAGAUGGAGGCAAUUUUAAAAAUAAAUUAUGUCGAUCGUAACAACAUUUUUGGUGUCGUUGUUGUUUCAACUGGGGAAAUCGUGCGGAUCCGAAGAUGAUAGUGCAAUAAAACAAAAGGCUUUUUAUCGUGGUCAAUGCAAAUGUAGGGAAUACAUUGAUGCCUAUGCAAUUUGUUAUUAUUUUAGGUGCGAAACCUUCCCUAAAUACUUCCGGACAUCAUUAAAAUGCUUCAAAAUAAACGAAUCAGGAAUUAAUGAGAUUUUACCCGGCGAUUUCGACAAUUUAUUGCACAUAACCGGGUUAUACAUUGAAGAUAACAUGAAGUUAACAUGGAUUCAAAUUGGAGCUUUAAAGGAUUUAAAUAGAUUGGAGGUUUUAUCGAUUUCUUUCAACCCCUUAUUGAUGAGUUUGGGCGAAGACGUUUUUGAAGGAUUAAACAGUUUGGUGACGUUGCGAUUAAUUCAUAAUGGGUUUAAUGAAAUCAAAGAUGCUUCAGUGGCGUUUAAAGCACCGUUUAUGCCGAAUUUAGCAACGAUUAUUUUAUCGGAAUUGGAUUGUCGAAGGGUCGAAAAGGAAGAUUUUGCGAAUUUAAAUGGAAGCGGAGUGGGAAAUAUAUUUUUCGAUGACUCCCAAAUCGAUUAUAUUCACCCCGAGGCGUUUAUUUAUUUAAAAAACUUAAAAAAUUUGAGUGUUAGUGAAACCUUGGUGGAGGAAACAAACAUGAUUGAUGUUUUAAAAAAAAUAGGUGAACACAAAAUCCCUUUGAUGUCCCUAAAUUUAAAGGGAUGGGGAUUUAAAACGCGAGUCCCCAACAAACUCUUUAAUAUAAUCGCAAACACAACGAUAACUGAGCUAAUUUUAAACAGGAAUCAAUUCCACACGAUCGAUGAAAACACCUUUCCUGAGAUGCCUAAUAUUGAAAGUUUAAUUUUAGAGGAUUGUAUGAUUACUGAUAUUAAAGAAAAUGCUUUUAUUAAUUUCAAGAAUUUAAAGCAAUUGCAUUUAAAAGACAAUAAAAUGGUUACGGCUCCUAAAGGUGUUUUGAUACCUACUUUGGAGGUGCUCGAUAUCUCUGGAAACACAAAACCUGGAAAAUCUUAUUUCACAUUGGAAGAAAAUCGGAGUAAAUUUGAUAACAUGACUUUAUUAAAAAUGCUCGAUUUAAGCUAUAAUAACGUUAGACGGAUUUAUAAUAGAAGUUUAUUCGGGCCAAUAAAUCUAAAAAAAUUAAAUCUUUUCCAUUCAAACAUCAUGUUGAUAUCCGACAACGCUUUUUACGAACUCUCAAAUUUGGAAUAUUUAAACUUAGGGGAUAAUCAUUUCCCACAAAGAUCUUGGGUUAAAGAAAUUUUCACCGGGUUAAUUAACCUAAAAUAUUUAUCCUUGGAAAGUUGCAAGAUUGAAUAUUUCCCUAGUAACGACAUCUUUGGAGAAUUGACGUCACUAGAAACAUUAAAUCUCCGAAAAAAUUUUCUUUCCGAGAUAACCCCCGAUUUUAUAUUUUCUUUGAGAACAUUAAAAGUUUUAAAUCUAAGUGAUAACCGAUUAAAAACCUGGCAUAAUCGAUUAUUUAUUAAAACCGCAUUAGAAAAUUUAACAAUCUCAAGAAACCCAUUUACAUAUUUAACCGAGGCUAUGCUAAAAGAUAUUUCUCAUUUCAAACUCGUUGAUUUCUCAAAUAACCCUUUUCAUUGCGAUUGCGACCAAUUAAUCGAACCUUUCGAUUCUUUACCUCGCGGGGAAAUCAAUCACAUUUUAAAUCUUUUAAACCAAACGAGCACUUUUUGUUUAUUACCGGAGUCGGCUGAAAACACAACGAUCGUUGAAUAUUACCAAAAUAAUCAUAAAACGUGUCAAAAAGAAAAAGAAAUAAAAAUUACAAGAUAUUUAGUACCUUCAUUAAUUUGCGGAAUCCUCUUUUUAAUAACUCUAAUUCUUUGUUAUAUUUAUCGAUGGCACAUUCGAUAUUGGAUCUUCUUAACGAAAUUAUCCAUCGCACAAAGAACCCAAUUUAAUAAAAAACGAGAUAGCAUCAAAGGGCACACAAAUUAUUUAUACGACGGUUUUGUUUCUUACAGCACCGAAGACAGAAAUUUCGUUAUAAGAUUAGUUAGCAUGUUGGAGAAUUACGAGCCGUUUCUUAAAUUAUGCGUCUACGAGAGAGAUUUCGAACUCGGGACCAUCAUAUCCGAAUCGGUUUUGGAGUGCCUUUCGAGAAGCAGAAAAACCUUGUUGAUCAUCAGCAAUUCUUACAUUAAAUCGCAGUGGUGCACUUGGGAAGCUCAGGUUGCUGAAAAUCAUCGGUUAUUUUUUGAGAACGAGCGAGGGGAAUGUGUUAAUGAUUCCUUGAUUAUGAUUAAAUUGGGGAAUAUUUCGAGUGGUAAUAUAAGCCCGAUGUUGAAGUAUCUUAUGAAAACCAGGAUUUAUUUACAAUGGGAUCCUACGGAAAAUAAACAAAAACAAUUUUGGGAGAAAUUGAGGAAUGCUUUAGGACCGGGAUUAAGCGGCGAAGAAGACAGUUUAAAUGUUAAAAUGUAAGAUUAAAUAAUAAUAAAGUGUAAAUGUA